GACGGCUGUCUCCUUAAACAGGAACCCUGAGAACGACGGCUGUCUCCUUAAACAGGAACCCCAGGGAUGACGGCUGUCUCCUCAAACAGGAACCCCAAGGAUGACGGCUGUCUUCUCAAACAGGAACCCUGAGAACGACGGCUGUCUCCUCAAACAGGAACCACGAGAAUGACAGCUGUCUCCUCUAAUAGGAACCAAGAGAAUGACGGCUGUCUCCUCAAACAGGAACCCUGAGAACGACGGCUGUCUCCUCAAACAGGAACCCCGAGAACGACGGCUGUCUCCUUAAACAGGAACCCCAAGGAUGACGGCUGUCUCCUCAAACAGGAACCACGAGAAUGACAGCUGUCUCCUCUAAUAGGAACCAAGAGAAUGACGGCUGUCUCCUCAAACAGGAACCCCAAGGAUGACGGCUGUCUCCUCAAAUAGGAACCCUGAGGAUGACGGCUGUCUCCUCAAACAGGCACCCCCAGAAUGAUGGCUGUCUCCUCAAACAGGAACCCUGAGGAUGACGGCUGUCUCCUCAAACAGGAACCCCCAGAAUGAUGGCUGUCUCCUCAAACAGGAACCCCGAGGAUGACAGCUGUCUUCUCAAACAGGAACCCCGAGGAUGAUGACUGUCUUCUCAAACAGGAACCCCCAGAAUGACGGCUGUCUUCUCAAACA